CGACAAUUUUUCUCAUAGUACAAGUACCUACAACUUACAACAUCAAACAGAAAAAUCUAUCAUGGCGCACUUGGUGGACCGGAAAGUGGCAGGGCGCGUUAUCUUGCAGCCUCCACCUGGCUUCCGGAGCGAUAGGAACACUUUUUCCCUCUCCAGUUUUGGCAGUUGCCCCGAACAUUACGGGUCCCCAAGCACUACCGGAAAAGACGAGGAAGAAGACUCUCUCUCUGGUGCGUUAGGACAUUAUAUUUUAGGGAGGUGCUCAACCUGCAUAGAGCACAUGCUUGUACAGCUCAUAGAAGUGAUGAAGAUGAACUCAUAGAGCCAAGGAAAAAUAGAGCGCAUGCUUGCACAACUGUUUUCUUUUUUUCUCGAGAACAAAUUCGAUCUACAUGGGAGAUAAGUAACUUAACGUAAGUGUGAGUGCUCUUCUAAUAUUCAACGCAACUCAACAGCAAGCAAAUCCGAACUACGUGCCAGACAUAAAGAUUGCACAUUGCGGAUCCGCUGGACGUGCUGAUGGCGACGAUGACGCGAGUAAAGAACAACAGAGCACAAAUCUUGGGGAAGGAGGGCAAUCUAGUGGCAGGAGGCUUUCUCGGACUCACGAUAAUGGUUUCAUGUCCGAGGCAAAAUUAUGGGAAACAUUACUCAUAGGACACUGAAAGUAGUACUGCAGCUGCGUGCACAUGUGGAUUUUAUAUAUAUAACUUACAGUAAUGAGAAUGAGUCUACUGCUGCCCUGCUAAUUCUACUUGAGUACUUAUGUUGUGAGUAAAAUUCUCUUCUCUCUCUUUAAUCAGAUCCGAGGAGCAUGGUGCUACUGGAAGUUCCGGAGCAGGGCACUUGGAAGUUGCUCUUUCGCGGCAUGAGAAAUUGGUGCGAGCGCCGACUCCUUCGCCCAUGGGGUCGCCAAAUUCAUGGCGUUCGGGGUCGCCAAAUUCAAAAAAAAGUGCAGCUGACGUGCAUAUAUUACAACGCAGACACUCAGUUAAGGCUGAUGAUAAUUCAAUAAUAAUAAAUAUUGAUAAAAAUCAUAGUUACCCUUUUCUCUUCUAUAUCUUCCUCUGGUCUGUCUUUUUUCUAGUUAGGUCGGCUCCACCACAAAUAUUAAUGGAAACCAUCUUCACUCAGGAGGUUAAGGUUAUUUAUUUCUCUCUAUCUUUCUCUAUUUCCUCUCUCGGAUGAAUUGAAAAAAUUAACUUAAAAAAAACAACUAUUUUCAGCUCUAAUUUAGGAGAUUCAGUACGGAGCUCACUGUUGCUUUCACCGGCAGGGGGUGAACUAUCGAUGACCGCUGAAGCUGACCCAGGAAGCGCGACAAAAUUCGAUCCUCCGCCACGAGGGAAGAGUACUAAUUACGACAACGGGCUGUUUGGUAAGAGUUGUUAAUAGGUGAAAGCUGUUGUUUUGUAUCAAGACGACUAUUCGAUCUGUUGGAGUUGGGGAAUUGCAGCUGUUGUUGUGUAAGAAACAUUGUUGUGUAUUAGGGUAAACAUUUUCUAAUCCCGUGAUGGAGAUUCCAGCAACAAGCAAAUUUUCAACAACUCCUCAGAAACACCUCUAGGAGUACCUAGCAACGCAGUCUUAGGAGGAUCGGCGCAUACUGGGCACACUCCAGCAGCAUCGUCUUCUAGUAGCUCAACGAUGCCGCAAAGAACGCCGAAUGUGAUGAACAGCGUACCUGCGCCUCCACAACUUAUGGCUCCUAGAUUGUUUAUUACUUAGUACUUUUAUCAUCACAAUAAAGCAUAGUUAUAGUUUGUUUCAAAAUAUACGUAAAAAACCCACACUCGUAGCAUGAUCCACACCAGAUUUAUUGCCUUCAAGACAAAAGAAAAACUACCACGACUUCAACAUUGUAUCUUCUAACAAAUACCUAGUCGAAUUCGACCAACACCUCCGGACGUUCUCUUUGCGUGCCGGCACUUCCGCGCAGUACAUUUUCAGCGUCGACUAUGAAAAGAAAAUCUGUUAUCAUUAUCAAGUUUCUUACGUAGAAAAGUAUGACAAUGAUAACAUAUUUUGGUUUCAUGUAGACAGGUGGGGCCGACUAGAACACCUGCAUUUCGGACCUUGGAUCGGCUUGGGGCAUGAUUUGACGUACUUAUCCGAGAACGACCCGAACUUGACGUUCGAGCCCGCGCCAGCGAGUGAUCCGUUUUCGAAUUCUGAGUUACUGCGUCUAGUAGAAGCAGCGCGAGACGUGGACCCUUCGCAGCUCUGGUCCCUGGCGAAUCAGAUGGCGCAUGAACGUGCUGGCAAUUGGCAUUUUGCACGCGUUGAGAACAUCACCUGGCGAUUGCGGCACUUGUGGAGGAAGACGCCACACUGCACUACGGGCAUCACGAAGAGUGGGGAUGUGGGGAGUGGAGUUAAGGACUUCGUUUUGUACUAGUCGUUCGAGUGCAGCUGCGUUCAUUGCAAUUAAUAUUUAGACCAGAUCAUGGAUCAUGGACGAGUAGGAAACAGCAACAUGUAUACGUGUACGAGAGAAGCUGCAUAGGUUUCUACAUUUAUUUUCCCUACCGUUGCAUUUAUUCUGCGCCACUUCAUAUCAGCCGUUGCGGUGUCCGGAUCCCCAGGAAGCAAAACUGCAACGGCCGAUCCUAGUAGUAAUGCGAUGAGAAAGCCCUCGUCUUCUCCAGCACCUGGCUUGCAUGUAUCAGGAUCAUACCAGCAGAUCCGAAGUGACUCAAACAAUAGCUCCACACUCCCAGACGACUACUCGGGAGAUGAACAAGUAAUACCACCAUACAGCGACGGAGACCAGCCGAGAUUACUUAAGAGAUGUUGAAUGUGUAUUCAGUGAAUAGUUCUUGCGUGAUUGAAUACCUGGGGAAAAUUGCGGUGCAUCUUGAGGACAAUUUCAUCUCUAAGCUUCUCGGUGACGCGCAGAUCAAUUCCGUUUCGAUCCUGAACCUGCUUGAAGUCUCCAGUCUACAGCGCUGUUCUGCUUUUCAGUCCAGUUUUCACAAUGUCGACCCUGCGGCUGCCUUCGAUGACCAACCGCCUUCCAUGCCAACAUCAGCCAAUGUUAUGGGAGUGGGAGGCCGAACUUCAGAACACACCAACUUCUCGGAAGGGAGUCGCACUCCAGAGGAGCUGGAUCGCAGUCAGAUUAAGAUAUCUGGAAGUCCAUCUUCAGAACCAUUUUGGACCUUCGUCCAAGGGGAAAACUGGCCCAGGAUGACUUUCAAGAUGGAUGCCGGGAAGGUCCUCUAAUUAGAGCGCGAUAUUGCCUCCAACUGGUAGCACAGGGCCGCCAUUGUUGCGGAAUGCUGCCGGUCAGAAGCGCGUUCUGGGUGUCUCAGCGAUGCAUCCGCCACCAGUGUCACCCAUCGAGCAAGAAGAGUCGAUUUUUUUGGGAGGCAAAAAAAAGGCGCGGAAUUUUUCUGCUAGCAGUGCGAAUUUGUUGAGUGGACGACACGCAAAUAACACAGCAGGGACUCAGCCACUGUCUUUGCAGUCAGCGGCUAGUAGUUCCUUUUAUCGUCCCGCGACAGCGUCAUCUGCAGCAGGCAUUUUUCAGACGUCAGCAAAUAGUUGCAGCUACGGGUCCUCCUCUAGUUAUAAGUUCUUUGAUGUUCUUCUGCAAAUCUUGUUCUUCAUUUUCCGAGGUGCUUAUGUGUUUUGUCCUUCAUCUUGAAACAGAGAUUAUAGCGCUUCCUCCAAUAGUCGAGUCUAAUAUUCCGGAUCUACUUCCACCUCCGCUUCAGCGUCUACAUCGAACUACAAGAGUGCCAACCACGGCUUCUACGACGCACAGAGUCCGAUGAGAUCACGGCUUCGUGGUUCUCCCAAGUCUCCGACAGGACCUGGGAUUUUCUCAACUCUAGCAAAAGCAGCAACAGUAGACGACGGAGGUGGGGGCGGAGGCGAUAGCACGAGUAGUAGUACUUUGUUGGCGUCCACAGGAGGAGGAGCAGUGCCAACAUCCAGUUCUCUCGUGAGUGGAAAUAGCAAUACCAAUGGAGGUUUUCUGAAGCGCGCCAGGGAUCAUGGAAGAGCAGCUGGUCAUGGGCAAAAACGUGCAGCGACGAAGCCUGUAGUCUUCUCGCCAGUUAACGAAAUGUUACCCGGAGGAGGCGGCGAAGGAACAAGUGCUCGAGGUAGAGGGAUCGAGUUCCUCAGAGCUGGCAGUGCAACAUCGGCUGGUGGAAGGGAAGAGGAUGGACCGAAUCCUUUCCAUUAAGACUGUACAGCAUCGUGGUGUGAAAACACGUACUACUACUACUACUACUGCAAAAGUAAUGAUCUCAGCAUCAAUUAUUCUUGCGGGAGAAUGAAAGUUACUGUCAUUUUUAGAUAGUACAACCUUUCUAACAUAACUUAGAACCCCCCAACCCAUUGCACCACCAUGGACGACAGGGAGAAAGGGGUUCGAAGUUGUACGAGGUUUCGGAAUUUGGCACUGGCGAUUUUCGAAGUCCGAGUUUGCAAGUGAAAUUCAGAAGAGACGGAUCCAGGCUGCUACCAUUGACCUACAGAAGUCACAGAAUCAUCAAGGGGAUACUGCCAUCAGACACGGGUUUGCCAUUAGUGGGGGGUGCGGAUCCGAGUGGAGCGGAAACGCUAGUGGUGGACAUGGUCGACACAUUCACGGAUCUGGUGGUGCAGGUAUUAGAGAAUAGACUUCUUUAAGUAUAAAGUAAAAGGUCUUGUUGAUGAUAUAUUAUAUUUCAUUAAAGAGUAGUGUAGUUUGAUACUACAACAGUUGUGCGAUUGGUAUCACGAAUGUCACAAAAUGAGAACCAAUCUUCAAUCCUCCACAGCUCAUCUACACCGUCUUUCCGGACUUGGACUGUGUGACGAGGCGGAUCCGCAUUCAGAAUACAGCACGCUUGAGUUUCUCAGACAUCGAGAUUAUCAAAUGUAUGUCUGCCAGUCUCGACUUCUUGACCAACGAAUGGCACUUGCUCUCUCUGCAUGGUGGAUGGGCCAACGAACGACAGAUGAAAUCCCGUAGACUUGAGUGUGGCGGCACAGUACAGUUGGGCUCCAGUCGUGGCGUCUCGAGUCACCAGACAAACCCUUUUUGUGUGCUCAGUGUAGGCCCGCCACAGGAAGAGUUCGGAGACUGCUACGGAUUCUGCUUGCUGUAUUUAAGGCAGUGGUUUUGAUUCAUAAGCGCUAUCAAUAUGCAGUUUGGUCACGGGGAUCAUGUAGUUAUUGUUUAUAACAAGAAAGUUUAAGUUUUCUUUCACCAGCACGAUUGUGGGGCGUCUCUAACUCCUAGCGGCAACUGGAUCAUGGAGAUCGAGAGUGCGGAAACCGGUUGCGUCCGCAUCAACGCGGGCAUCAAUCCAGCAAACUUUUCCUGGAACUUCAAUAAGAAAGUACUUUUCUUAUUGGUUUCUCUUUUACGCUAACAACUUAUCACAGGAGCUUUCACUCUACUUCUAGAAAUAAUCAUUCACUACCCCCAUCUCAGAACGACGCUUUCGAAACGCCAGAGUUACUCUGCGUUUAUUCCAGCAAGGGCUUAGGAGACUUGACACGGAUGUUUCAUCGCGUCUUCCAGGAACGCUUAAUUCGAAAGAGGUGGAGCAAUCUCGUAGCACCGGUGCUGAUCAAUACGUGGGAGGUAAUAUUCUUGUUUGUUCGUAGACUAUAGGUAAGUAGUUAUAACUCUCUUAACGGUUCCGCGCAACCUUUAUAAGACACAGGUAUGCCACUUAAGUGUUUCCCUUAACGGUUGCUUAACGGUUUCGGGAAACGGAUAAGACCGGGUUCUCUGGAGUGUUUCGCUUAACGGUUGCUGAAAGGGCCCCUUACGUGCCUCGCGAGGUACUUAGCGAGGCAGGCCACGACAGGGCGUUAGGGUCUGUUAAGUGCCUCGCGGGGCACUUAAGUGCCUCGCGAGGCACUUACGACGCACUUCACGAUGGUGCCCCUUAAGAGGCACUUACGAGGCAUGUAACGGCAGGGUCUGUUAAGUGCCUCGCGAGGCACCUACGACGCACUUCACGAUGGGGCCCCUCAAGUGCCUCACGAGGCACUUACGAGGCAUGUAACGGAAGGGUCUGUUAAGUGCCUCGCGAGGCACUUACGAGGCACUUAACGGUGGGGCCCCUUAAGAGGCACUUACGAGGCAUGUAACGGCAGGGUCUGUUAAGUGCCUCGCGAGGAACUUAAGGGCCUCGCGGGGCACUUGUGAGGCACUUAGCAGAAGGCGCCCUUAAGUGCCUCGCGAGCCACUUAUCAGGCACUUAACAGCGGGGUAGUCAGGCCUCUAAUACACGGGCGCCGCACUUCAGCUUUCCUUUACAGUGACCCAUUCUUACUUUCUACUUGUAGCCUCGCAAACAUUCCCAAAUGACAGCCUCUCUAUUUCGACGUUACGCACGAAAACAUCUUGAAACUCGGACGAGCAGCGAAAGAAGCUGGAGUAACCCUGCUUGUCCUAGAUGAUGGCUGGUUCGGCUCGCGAAACGACGAUGCUAGUAGUCUCGGAGACUGGACCGAGGAUCCAGCGAAACUGCCACGUGGUCUCAAAGGUCUAGCAGAAGAUCUAAAGCAGAUGGACCUUGGACUCGGAAUCUGGAUGGAGCCAGAAAUGGUGAAUAAGAAUUAUGACACAUGAUCAAAGAUAUGACACGAAAUUGGUCUUCUCCUUCUGCGAUGAAUUUGUUACGACGCUACAUCAUAAAAAUGGUCUUCGUCUUCUGCGAUGAAUUUGUUACGACGCUACACUAGAUAGACAAUCCUCUUUAUCUUCAUGCUAUUGUCAGUCAAGUCGAUCUAGAAGCAAAGCCUGAUCUUGCCACACGCUCUUCUUCUAACAUCCAUCGGUCCUCUACCGCAAGCAUCCUUCUUGGGUUCUCCAUCACCCAGACCGCAUCCGCUCUGAGGGCCGCAACCAACUAGUGCUAGACUUGACGCGUGCAGAAGUACAGGAUUACAUCAUCGCAGCAGUCUCAAAAGUCCUAGAGGAUGCUAACAUCACCUACCUAAAGUGGGACAUGAACCGCGCGUUGACGGAUGCAUUCUCGAUCGCCUAUCCAGCGGAACAACAGGGCGAGGUGUAUCACCGAUACGUUUUGGGAUUGUAUCGCAUCCUGGCAACAGUGACGGAGCGGUUUCCUCAUGUGCUGUUUGAGUCGUGUGCCAGCGGUGGCGGACGCUUUGAUGCUGGACUCUUGCACUACUGUCCGCAGACGUGGACUAGUGACAACACAGACGCCUUUUCGAGAACGAGGAUUCAGAUCGGAACGAGCUUUAUGUCGGGGAUUUUUAGUGGUGAUUGAAACGUUUUUACGUGCAAGUAGCUGGCUUAUUCAUUAGACUUUGAAGUACAAUCUUCUACAUGAUAAUCGUGCAGAGGACUACUUUUUUACCAGAAGAUGAAAGCCUUCAUCUUCUCAACAUACCGCGUCUAAUGUCCUAUGGGCCCCAGUCCGGAGUAUGGGAGCGCACAUCACGACAUGCCCGAAUCACCAAACGCAAAGGACGGUUUUGUUGAAGACGCGCUUCAUAGUGGCACUCUUUGGAACCUUCGGCUUAGAGCUGGACCUGACAAAAAUGAAUAGUGAGGAGCUCCGCGAAAUACGUGACCUGGUGGUCUUGCGGAAUUCUCUGGCGCCAGUAAUUUUACACGGUGUCUUCUACAGAUUGCCUGGUUUCGGCUACCCAGGUUUCGACUAUGGCCAUUCUGCUGGCUUGACCUCUGCGAACGGUGUUUCCAAUGUCUAUGCCUGGAUGUGCGUGGAACAGGAUCAAGGAGGGUCCACUCCUCAGCGCGCUGUUGUGAUGGCUGUCGUGUUGCAAAGGGACACGGUGGGUCAGUUUCCUUCUCGUUUACGUUUGAGAGGAUUGAAUCCGCAGGCGCAAUACCGACUGCGGGAGCACGUGCCAACACUCUUAGCGGCUGGUGUCUUCAACGGCAUUUCCCAAGCGGGCGGACCGAGAUACAAACACUCGCGCGCACUCUGCUUGACAGGGAGUUUGUUGAUUAUGAUAGGUUUUGGUAGCAGGUACUGGUAGGUCUGCGUCAGUAAGGAGGAUUACAAGGUUGCAGUUCUCCUCAGGAGGUCUAUGAAUUGCAGUUCUCCUGAGGAGGUCUAUGAAAAAGCUUUGUUCAAAAAUAAGUUGAGGGCAAAGGAACAAAAGUCCAUCGUUACAGCACGCUCAACGGAACAUCCGUGAAAAACAACUGCCUCUAAAUUGCUGAACGUUGGGUUACCGAUCCACUUCAACUUCGACGGAGAUAGCGCUCUAUUCGAACUCGUGGAGGUGCUUAACUAGAAUUGGAGAUGUUUGAAAACGCCAUUUUUUUGUCAUAGUUCGUGGCUGGAGCGGCGACUCUGACUUCUUGAUUUUUUGUCUGCGAUGAAUAAAUCAUACUUCGCCUACUUGUUUAGAAAGAGCUUCUUCUUCCGUCCAGAAACUUAUAGAUCAAGAUUUUUUCCAUAGCCAAACGAAUUUGUUUCUUUUUUGUCUCUUACGCUGCAAAAAGUGGAGCAGCUUUUUGUCAUGCCUCAACUAGGACGAGGUAGAUACAUAGAGACGUAAAAUUUUUUAUAUGAAGCCUACCCCAAAACCUAGCGCGACAAGUUCUUUCUCAGCACCAAUGCUGAUUGGCCUUCCUUGAGCAGGUCUGCCUGAUUUUUAAUCUUCCGCUUAAAUUUGAUUGAUAUAAGAAAAUGCCUUGCCUGGUUCCUUUGUUUGACGUGAUUAGUGUCUUUUAGAAGUUUUCAUCAUCGUGAUAGCCAGUUGCCGAAUGCUGCUAUCAUUAGGUUGUUCAAUUUUUGAACAUGUUCAUGUUCUGUACCUUGCACAGAUAUAUCGUGUUACUUAGUAAUGAAAAAAAAAGCAGACGAAGACUCAUAUCAUGUGUACGCAUAUUAGCAUACUCCCUGCAUGCUGAUGCCAUUUAGUGCAAAUGCUCGGUCCAUUGUUAAUGAUUAUCAUGGAUUCGUCGCUUGUCAUUGAAUGACGACAAGCAAAUUUUCAAGGUACAUGUUUUUUCUCCCACAUUUUUAGAGUGUAGCAUUAUGAUGUCAUCUUCACCCUCCACUCAUAUCUAUGCUAGAAGUACACAUACGUCUUAUCUACGUAGGUGGAUUAAAACCCUUCGCGCAGAGUUGUAUAGCUGCCGUUUAAUGCGUAGAUGUAUUCUGGGCUUGUGUACAUUCAUAAGGACGAUCAAUUCCAUGCUCUGCUAACAGAUUUCCUCUGAAGUAGAUUUUUGCUGUUUUUCACUACCCUGAAGCUGAAUAGAUUGGUAUGGUCACCCCCCUUCAGCACAACUCCACUCUCGAUAGAAACACAAAUAUCUACUGCUGCAGGUACUCGUAAAACAGUACCAUGAAGCAGAAGAUGGAAAUAUGUAUAGGUGGCGUGCAACAUUCCUUAACCCUCUGACUAAAGUUGUCUUGCACGACAAGCAGAUUUUUGACAGUAAUUGACUAGUUCUCGCACCUCUAGCUGACCAUUCUUACACUCGUCUGACUACUCUGUCUUACUCCAGCAUGAAAAUUACAUUCUUACAUUCGAAAACAAGACAGGAUUGGAGAAUCACGAAACACUGUGCGCGGAGGAAAACACAUGGAGCUGUUCGUUGGACUGUUUUAUGCUGAUGAAAAUGCUUUUCAUUUUCUCAAAAGACAAAAUCCCAGUGAUGGUCUCAGGUGGGAUGAUGCUGCAAAUC